AUGGCUCCUAUUCCGCCUACAGAUGCUCCACAGCCCAUUAAGGAUGUGCUCGAUUCGAUCGAGAAGCAGUUUGAGCUCUCAGACGAGCGUCUCAAGCAGAUUACGGCCCAUUUCGUGACUAUGUACCGCAGAGGUCUCCAACACGGACACGAACCGAUGGCUAUGAUUCCAACAUAUGUUACCGGGGUUCCAGACGGCUCAGAGACCGGCACAUUUAUGGCUGUAGAUCUCGGUGGAACAAACUUCCGAGUGUGCGAAGUCCAACUGCUCGGAGAUCACAAGUUUUCCCUCAAACAGAAAAAAUUCAAAGUCACCGAGGAACUCAAGACGGGUCCUGCCGUUGACCUUUUCGAUUACAUGGCCUCUUGCAUUGGCGACUUUAUGAAGGAGCUCGGCAAUCCUCCAGAGGACGAAUGUCUCCAUUUGGGUAUGACCUUUUCGUUUCCUGUCGAGCAGACGGCUUUGGGCGCAGGUCGGCUCUUGACGUGGACAAAGGGUUUCUCCGCUACGGGUGCGAUAGGAAACGAUGUCGUUCAAUUGCUCCAAGAUUCCUUGGAUAAAAAAAGAGUUGCUGCCAAAUGUGUCGCCCUGGUCAACGAUACUGUCGGGACACUCUUGACUCGUGGCUAUCUCACAGGAUCUUGCUUCCUCGGGGCCAUUUUCGGCACGGGAACCAACGGAGCCUACGUGGAAGACCUUUCCUCCAUCACCAAGCUGAAAAAGCUCGAUGCGGCAACGAGAAAAGCAGACAAGAUGAUUAUAAAUACCGAAUGGGGAGCAUUUGAUAACGCCCGACAUGUCCUUCCGAUCACCCGAUGGGACAAUGCGCUAGACCGCAUCUCCAUUAACCCCCGAUACCAAGCAUUUGAGAAGCUCAUUUCGGGAAUGUAUCUCGGCGAGAUCGCCCGCAACAUUCUCAUCUAUCUCAUCGAUCUUCCUCCCAUUCCCGGCUCCAACCCACCACAACACUACCUUUUCAGGGGACACUCGACGAAAAAGUUCAAUACCCAAUAUGGAUUCGACACCGAACUAAUGUCGAGAAUCAAAAAUGAUUCAUCGCCGGAGGCCGUUCGCGAGUUACUGGUCAACGAAAUGGGCUUUACCGAUUAUCAAAUAUCGGACUUGGACACUCAGAUUGUGGCUUGGAUCUGUGAUCUCGUCGCCAAUAGAUCGGCAGCAUUGAGUGGCUGUGCAGUCGCUGCAACCCUAGUACAAUGUGGGUAUUGCGAGGUUGGCGGUGGCCCGGGUUCGAAAGAGGUGGAUUCGGCCCUCGAACUUGGGGUCGACGGCAGUCUCGUUGAAUUUUAUCCGGGCUUCGAGGAGGCUCUGCGUAAAUCCCUGCGAGCCAUCGUGGGGGAGAAGAUGGAGCAGCUCGUCAAGGUUGGUAUGGCUAAAGAUGGUAGUGGUGUCGGUGCUGCGUUGUGUGCGCUCGUUGCAACGAAGAACGAGCAACACUCGUAA